UAUUUUGAUUCUCUUAGACAUAAAACAUGGGAGGCCAGCAUAAAAAGCAUUUGCGUGCCGAAAAGGCAAAAGUGAAACUAAAAGGCGCCAAACUGCCCAAAGGCCUAAAUGUAACCAAAACAGACUUUAAGGUGCGCAAAAUAGAAAUACGCGAACAACUGAGAGACACAGCGCUAUUUGCAGGUAGCGGCGCCCAACGUCAGUUGAACCUCAAGGAGACGCUCUCACGACUAAAGCAUCACAACAGCAAGUUUCGCCUAGAUGCGCUGCAUCAAAUACGCGAUGCCGUCAAGUCCGGACAGGCACAGCAGCUAAUUGGACAGCUGAACGAGCUGCUGCAGGGUGUGACCAGCGGUGCGCUGGACAUAGAACGCGAAGUGCGUCAACAAAGCUGCAAGACCCUGGAUGUGCUGCUGGAGGCACUCGAAGCAGAUGCCAUAUCGCCAUUCUUUCACAUCAUAACGGCGUAUUUGCGCUGCGCCAUGACGCAUGUACAGCCUGCGAUACAGGAGGACUCGCUAGCAUUGAUGGAUGUGCUGCUGCUGCGUGUACCCGGACAGCUGCUGGCGGAGCGCAGUGCCAGCAGCAUGAUUAGCCACUUCAUAGACAUGAUUUCACGCCUGCGGCAUGACACACGCAACUCAAAUCGUUUGCUAACAGUGCGCCUGGGUCAGGGGCAGCAGACAACGAUCAAGUGGCGCACCAAGGUGCUGCUUAGACUGCAGCAAAUCUUUCAAACGCUAUUACAGCGUGAGAACAGCAAAGGCGCAGCCAAGCCACGUGUAGUGCACUUUGAGCAGGAGACAGAGCAGUAUUAUAAUGUGCUGCGUCCCUUGCAGCUGGACAGACGGAACACCCACAUCAUACUGCAUGAAGGCAUGCGUCCAACCGAGCAGCUUCAGCUACAAAACUAUGUGGAGCAGCUGAUGCCCUUGCUGCAGGACAGCUGGCUGGAAGUGCGACCAGAACAACAGCAACAAAAGGAUAAGGAAAAGCAACAACAACAGCUGCAGCAGCAGCAGAUACUGCUGGAUGGCGAUGCUGCUGCCAGUUUGAUGGUGGUGCUGGAUAUUAUGCAACAGCUGUGGCAGCUGGUACUGCAGCAGCCAGGACAGCAGGAGCAGCAGCAGUUACUCAGCACGUGGCUGCGCAAAAAUUAUGCCGACAAUUUUCUGCGUUACUUUUUGCGCGAGAGCAGCUUCCCGUACGAACAGACGCCCACAACGCUCAGCAAGAAACGCAAGGGCAAAGCCAAUGCCAAUGCCAACGCUAACGAUAAUCAAUGCCUGGCACAGAACCUGACGCUGGUGCACCUCCUCUGUCACUUUUGGCCACAGCCAAAACAGGCGCUCAGUGAAGACUUUGCCGCCUUGCUGCACUAUAUGCUGCGUUGUCUGCGUCAGCUGCGCACUAUCAAUCCCCCGGAGCAACUACGUCUUGUUGCUGCACUCAGAGCUUUGCUGCUGGACAAUGGCGCCGCGCUGCUGGCACUGCAGCCGCUGCAGAUGGGUCUGCUGCUGAGUCAGUGCAUUGAUGCGUAUGUGGAGCAGCAGUAUACCACUAGAGAAGGCGUUGCGACACGUGUGUUGCAUCUGCUCUGCGAACUGGUGCAGCAGCCACAGCUAUAUCAGGAAUAUGGUGGCGCUGAUCAAUUUGGUUUCUUUCUGAAGUAUCUGCCGCAGCUGCUGCUGAAGCCAAGCGUAUCCGACGCCACCUUGGCAGCCAUGUUUACGCUCUCCCGGCAAGGCAAUGUUGUUUUCCUCACGGCGCUGGCAGAGUGCGUAGCUCCAGUGCUACAGAAUCUGCAGCAUUUGCAGCUGACGGGGGACACCAGCCAAGCUGAGGCACAAUUUGAGCUCCAAAAGCGCAUUCUGAAUCUAUUCUACUAUGCCAAACAUGCUGCUGGCCAACAAAAGCUACUGGAACAGGCGCUGCAAGAAUGCCAGCUGCAAGCCUCCGAGCAGGUCUUUAAUUACUUCAAGUCUGUGCUAAGCUUUGACUAAUUUUAGAUAUAGUUAUUCCAUUUUGUUUUUUAGAAUUAAAUGUUUUAUACAC